AUGUCAUUGCAUGAAAGAGGCGACAAUGAUAUAAAUAUAUUGAACGCAUAUAUCUUAGACUAUCUUCACAAGAAUAACUUUGUAAAUAGUUAUUCAGCUUUCAAAGCAGAGGUAAAGAUACCUGAUAUAAAGGUCACAGAUGGCAAUGCUCCUGGCUUCUUAUAUGAAUGGUGGACUGUCUUUUGGAGACACUACAAUUCAAGACAACAACAGCAUCAGCAACAGCAACAGCAGCAGCAGAUGAUGAUGCUGGGGCAUCAACCCAUUGGACAACAGCAGCAACAGCAGGCUAACAUUCCAGACAACAACACCAAGUCCUACAUCGACCUUGUCAGCCAUCAUCGACAGAUGCAGCUACAACAUCAGCAUCAGCAGCAGCAGCAACAGCAACAUCAGCAACACCAGCAGCAGCAACAGCAGCAACAGCAACAACAGCAACAGCAACAGCAACAUCAGCAUCAGCUUCAGCUUCAACAGCAACAGCAGCAGCAGCAGCAUCAGCAACAGCAACAGCAAAUGUACAUCAAUCAACAGCAUCAGAUUCAAUCACCUGCUGGUGGGGCGCCACAGACACCUGGGUCGUCAGUGCCUAUCAAUGCUCAACAACCAUUCCCCGCGCAAUACAAUCAUCAACAACCUCAACCGCCAUCACAGCAAUCACCUCGCACUGGUGUCGUCUCACCGGUCAAUGUAUUUAACUCUGCCACAACUACUCCGCCACCAUCAUCUGGCGUCCCAUUAACACAACAGCAACAACAGCAACAACAACAACAACAACAAUAUAACUAUAUGGUAGCCAAUGGAACUGCAUUGCCACUUCAUCCACAACAACAUGUGGACCCAACAAAGAUGGGUGUGGCGCCGGGUGUCCCACCAGGGGCACUCCGGCCUCCAGUCACCGCAGCGGGCACACCACUGAAUCCUCAGAUGCAGCAGCCCCCAGGAGGCGUGCCACCAUAUCCAGGCUCGCAGGUCAGGCUGCCCAUCGGAUACCCCAAUGCUGGCGGUGUUGUCAACCAACAACACGUGCCAUUCCCAGCAUCCGUGCAGCAGCAGCCGCCAACCGAGACCAAACCGAGUAGUCUACCAUCACCCAAAACCGAUCCAACCGAACACGACCCAGCCAAGAGCGCCACAAAGGCACAGGUAAAGGGCUCGCCACUUAAGAAGAGAAAGCCCUCAGAGGACUUUACAAACAGUAAUGCAGCGGCAACAAUUGCAGCAACGUCGACACAAGUACCAGGACAACCGCCAACAGGAAUGGCCAUGUCACAUCCUCCACCUGUUGGCGCAGCGACAAUGAUGCCUCCACACGGAGCGAUACCCUCGCAGAUGCUACAGCAUCCAGGCCACGGCAUGAUGAUGCCACAGGGCGUGCAGAGGAGACAGUCGCACGAAGCACUCUAUCAACAACAUCCCAACAAGUGGGCCAUGCAGCCUGGCCCUGGCUACAUGCCAGGCAACCAGAACUACAUGAUUGUACAGAAUGGACAGCCGACGGGCAUGUACUAUAAUCCGGCAUACAUGAUGCCGGGCGUGCCGAUGCACUCUGGCUCGCCACCCGCGCCAUAUGGUAUGCCGCAGGGUGUGAUGCCUCAACAUCCAAUGGUGACACACAGUCCGCCAGUGUCGUCACCUCACAUGAUGCCGACUCCAAUGGUUGGCGCACCAAACACCUUCCCCAACGCACCACCUCCUCUGCCACCCCAAGCUGCCGCGCCACCACCACCAUCAUCAACAAGCACCACAACCGCCAAGCCCAAGCCUCGCUCUCGUAAGUCUUCAUCAUCGGCCGAUCAAACUGAGUCGGCAUCCGACGCAACUGCCACCGCCACCGCAGCUAAGACCAAGUCGACGAGAAAGAGAAAGAACUCAACGACGGACGAGCCAAAGGCCAACGGAAAGACGCAACUCAAACGAAUUGGCAACAUCGAAUCACCAUCACUACCCCAACCAUCGCCAUUGCAGACGGACGUACCGUCGACGCCAGCCACGAACGAGCAACCAUCACCAUUCACACCAUCAUUGCAACCACCUCAGUCGCCCGCACAGCAACAGCCGCCUCACCUGUCCUACAGCAGUAGUGGCGCGAGUGUGUCCCCACAGUCGACCAGUCCAAGUGGCAGCAAUAACAACAUCACCAACAGUACGCUUAACGAACAAACCAAGAUCAACACGUCCAGCUCCAGCAGCAGUCCACUGAACAUCCACAACAGUGGCAGUGGCGUAGGUGGCAGCAAUGGCAACAACAACAAUGGCAACAACAAUAACAACAAUAAUGGAACAAUCCAAUCACCCGAGAUCAAUUCAACAAACACAACAAUGCAGACGUCCACCUCAGAGAGCAGCCCACCACGAACCGGCGCCUCCGCCGCCACCACCUUUUCGACCAGUAGCAGCAGCAGUCCCAGCCAGCAGAUGACCAUGCCGCUCGAGUUGCCUGCGCCUGCGCAGCCACAGCCCGAUCUGCAGUCGGCAGCAUUCUCGCCACUAAUCUCUGGACAGCAGUUGCUGGACAACAUUGGCGGCUUCAAUCAGGACAACUACGCUUUCAAGACCUUCACAUCACCCUACAUAAAUGGACAACAAGGUGGCAUUGGUGGACAAAACUAUUUGAACGAAGACAUGUUUAAUGAGCUACAGACCAACUUUUUAGAUUGA